AUGCCGCCCAAUCCAGCCGCCUCCAAGUCGGGCCAGAAGGCCAACGACACCCCCAAGUCCAACGAGCGCAACGAAUACAUCCCCUCCUUCAUCGCCAAGAAGCCCUUCUAUAUCGACGACAAUACCGCCUCAGACGCCGACUACCUCGAGCAUCAACGUCUGCAAUCACAGAAGAACCAUGAUCCGCUCGCAACCGCACAGUGGUAUGAGCGUGGUAACAAGAAAGGCCCGGCGGCCACCAAGUACCGCAAGGGCGCCUGCGCAAAUUGCGGCUCCAUGUCGCACAAGGAAAAAGACUGCUUGCAGAGGAAGCGCAAAGCUGGCGCCAAGUGGACCGGGAAGGAUAUCGCGGCUGACGAAGUUGUGAAGGAUAUCUCAUUAGGGUGGGAUGCAAAACGAGAUCGGUGGAAUGGUUUCGAGGCGGGCGAGUACAAAACUGUGGUGGACGACUUCAACGAGAUCGAGCAGCUUCGGAAGGCGGCUGAGGGCAGGCAAAAUGAAGACGGUGAGGAUGAUGAGCAGGAAGAGGGUGCCAAGUAUGAAGAGGAGACAGACAUGGGCAGACAGCAGCCGACGAGCACACGAAACCUGCGGCUCAGAGAAGACACUGCAAAGUACUUGGUGAACUUGGAUUUGGAAAGCGCCAAGUACGAUCCAAAGACCAGGUCUAUGAUAAAUGAUGCGAACGAUCCGAACUCUCUCGAGGCGGAGGAUGGCUUCACGCGGGGAUCUGGAGACGCGGCCGAGUUUGAGCAGGCGCAGAAGUACGCAUGGGAGACGCAAGAAAGAGGCGACAGAGACAAGAUACAUCUCCAGGCAAACCCUACGGAAGCGCUGCUUACAAGGAAACGCAAGGCAGAAGAGGAGAUCGAGCGAAAAGAGGCGCAAAAGAAGCUCUUGACGGACAAGUACGGAUCACAGGAGACGGUGUCGAAGAAGAACCCCGUGGCCGCUGCCUUGACUAGCAACGAGACAUAUGUGGAGUAUGACGAACGAGGCAGAAUCAAGGGGCAGCCCGAAAAGAAGGAGAAGAGCAUGUACCCUGAGGACGUUCUCAUCAACAAUCACACUUCAGUCUGGGGUAGCUGGUGGAAGGACUUCAAAUGGGGAUAUUCGUGCUGCCAUAGCACCGUCAAGAACAGCUUUUGCACUGGCGACGCAGGGAAAGAGGCUGCUCAAGAGUUAGAGAAGUUUAGCAGAGCAUUGGCGUUGCCGAGCGCAGAGGAUGCCGGAAACGGACAAGAAAUCGACAAGGAAGAGGCUUGGAAAGAAGAAGAAAGACUAGAGGAGCAUGUGCCAAAUGGCGUGGAUCGGCCCGAGAAGCAGAACAUGGACGAGGCCCGACGACGUAUGGAAGAAUUGAAGGCUGGCGUGACCGAGGCGGAAAUGGAGAAGUAUCGGCGAGAGAAAACGUCCAAGAAUGAUCCCAUGGCCCAAAUGUUGGGCAAAGACGAGCUUCUCGACGGCUGA